UUGUUCUUUACGUCGGACGGUCGGGUAAGAUCAUCUUCUUCAGUCUGCCCAAAUCCAAAACCUUGAUUAGUUAAUGGCUUUUCCACAAUUGAAAGAACAUAGCAAGCUGGAUGAGCUAACUUCCACUGAACAAUCAUUCGAAGAAGAGGAACUAUACAAUGCGAGAGCUUCAAUAGAGAAAUUGACUUCCAAUUUGGAUAAACAGAAUGAGAGAAAGGCAAAUCUCUUGAAUGAUUUGCAACAAUUGCGCGCAAGAAUCGAAGAAGACGAAACUGUUAAUGGUGCGGUGCAGAAAUUGGUCCGUCUUUUGUACUCAUUGAAGGCUUUGGAAAGGCAAGAAUCUGUUUUGCAAUCUAAUUAUAACGCAAAGCGCUCUCAAUUGGAAAGAGAGGUCUAUGAAUUGCAGGAAAAAAUAGAGAAUGUUUGUGACAGUGAAGCUCUCUCUAAGAAUCUUGAUUGCUUAUUGGCGGAGUCACUGGAGCAGCUGAACUCUGCAAAGAAGGAGCUAGCAGCAAAACUAAGGGCAUUACUGUCAAUAAAGCGGCAGAUUGAUGACAUUCCAACCCAAUCAGAACUCAUUCAAUAUGAGCGUUGUUUUUCAGAGCUGAAUGUUCAUAUCCAGGAAAAGCACCGUCAAACGCGCAAGUAUUAUGCAACCUAUAAUGCUCUUUUGGAGAUUAAGGAACUAAUGCUAAAGGAAACCUCCUUGUUGAACUCAAUAAGUUCACAGUUUCAGGAUGCCCUUACAAGUAGUGAUGGCCGCAUGAAGCUGAUUAAUUCCAUGGAAGGAAUUGCGAAGGGAAGCCAGCAGAAGUUACAAAAGGUGCAAGUUGGGCUUCAAGAAGAGCAGAAAGCUUGUGAUGCUCUCAAGAAAAAGUAUGCUGUAGCAAUGGCAGAGCAAAGGGACUGCUAUGCUCUCUUAAAAGCUUUGCAGGAGGAAUGUGCAAAGAAUGAGAAACUUCAAAGCCAAAGUUCCGUUUGAAAAAAUACUGUUGCCUCACGAAAUCAUGGUUUUUUCUGCUAAAUCAGAGGUUAGCACUUCAAAUUUGAUUUUAUUUUGGAAUUUUGUAACUUACUGCAUUGUACUACUGUUUUCAUUUGUAAAAGUUGUAAUGAGUUUCUUUAAAAUAUACUACAAAUUUGUCAAAGUCAUAAGGGAACAAGCUUGAUAUAGUGAUUUAUCAUCUUUAAAAUGA